UUCCCCUAAAGAGUUCAUCCAUAGUCAGCUGCCCUCAGAGAUAUGGAACCAUUUGCUCUGCUGCUCGUCUUCCUUCUCGCUUUCGCGCUUUUAUUCCUGAGAAAGCUUCAUGGAGGAAACAGAGCAGGGAAAAAGCUGCCUCCAGGUCCAUGGAGGUUCCCCAUCAUCGGCAACCUCCACCAGGUGGGUUCAACGCCUCACCGAUCCUUCCUCCGCCUUGCCCAAAAGCACGGCCCCCUCAUGUUUCUCCAACUCGGGUUCAUCCCAACCCUAGUCGUCUCCUCCGGCGAAACCCUCAAAUCCAUCUUUAAAUCCCACGAUAUCAUCUUCUCCGGCCGGCCUGUUCUCAAAGUAGGAACCAAACUCUCCUUUAACAACUCCAACAUCUCCUUCGCCCAGUACGGCGAGAACUGGCGGCAGGCUCGCAAGCUCUGCGUCGUCGAGCUGUUAAGCCCUAGGCGUGUGCGAUCAUUUCAAUCUGUCCGGGAGCAGGAGGUGGAGAUGCUGUGCUCCGCUAUUACUGAUCUAUCUUCUUCCAAUUCCUCCUCAAUCAACUUGAGCGAGAUGGUUUUUGCUCUUUCUUACAACGUCCUGUGCCGUGUGGUGUUCGGAGAUUUGCUUGGAGGAGGCGCCGGAGUGUACCAAGGAAGGAGGAGUUGGUUUCAUGGAACCAUGGCGGAGACGCAGAAUCUUGUGGCUGGAUUCUGUGCUGCGGAUUUCUUUCCAGGCUGGGAUUGGAUCGAUGGGAUAAUUGGCCAGCGGGACAAGGUGGAGAAGAACUUUGGGGAGUUGAAUCGGUUUUAUGAGAGGGUGAUCGAGGAGCAUCUCAAGAGUGGGAAGGAGACGGAGACUGAUGAUGCUUUCGAUAAAGAGGACUUGGUGGAUGUUUUGCUUAGGCUGCAGGAAGAAGCGCCUGAUGGUGGUUUUCUUAGCACCAUGGAUUACGUCAAGGGGAUCAUGGGCGAUGUGUUCUUCGCUGGAACUGAUACAUCCUCAGCAACAAUUAUAUGGACGAUGACAGAGCUAAUGAAAAAUCCAAGGGUAAUGACUAAAUUACAACAUGAGGUACAAGAUGCCGCCAUUUUCAACAAAACUAAGGUUGAAGAAAGCGAGCUCCAACAACUAAAUUACCUCAAGCUCGUCAUCAAAGAAUCACUUAGAUUACACCCUCCAGCCCCGCUCCUAGUUCCUCGCGAAACCCUCGAAUCAUGCAAUGUAGAAGGCUAUGACAUUCCAUCCAAGACCCGAGUUUUUAUUAACGCCGCCGCCAUUGCGACAGAUCCUAAAACUUGGGAGAACCCUAAUGAGUUUUGGCCUGAGAGAUUCACUUUGAGUGGCACAGAUUUGAAAGGGCAAGACUUCAAUUAUGUGCCUUUUGGAAUUGGUCGCAGGAGUUGCCCAGGGGUUGAUUUUGCUGCGGUUCUUGUGGAGCUUGUUUUAGCUAAUCUCUUGCAUUGUUUUGAAUGGAGCUUGCCUGAUGGAAUGAAACCUGAAGAUAUUGACAUGGGUGAGGCUUGUGGUCUUACAAUUCAUAAAAAAGUGCCUCUUUGCAUGGUUGCUAAGCCAAAGAUGCACUGAAUUGUAGUCAUUGAAAAGUGAUUGUGGUGGAUGAUAAGGUUUGUGUGCUUGUAAGUGAUUUUGAUUGCUAUUUGGGACAUCUAUAAUGUAGUUUUUUUUUCUUUU